AUAGUCACAUCUGAGUUUAACUCUCAAAACAUCUUCUACCACUAAAAUGGCUUUUAAGGUCGUUGUAUUCUCCUGCCUGGUUGCCAUGGCUUGUGCCAGCGCUCCUCUCGUUGCCGAGCCUGUAGUGGCGGCCCCAGCCGUAGCGGCCAGACUUGAAGAAUUUGACCCACUCCCUCAAUAUAGAUUCGGAUACGACGUAGCGGACUCUCUCACUGGUGACUACAAAAGCCAACAAGAAGAACGCAACGGCGACUUAGUGCAGGGUUCCUACUCGCUCGUUGAACCUGACGGUACCCGUCGUACUGUUGAUUAUUCUGCUGACUCUGUGAAUGGGUUCAACGCGGUAGUACGCAAGGAGCCUCUUGUGGCUGCCGCUCCUGCUGUAGUCGCCGAGCCUGCCGUAGUACCAGCCCGCAUCGCUGCUGCUCGCGUUGUGGCCGCACCCGUAGCUGCCCCUGUUGUUCCUGUUGCGGCACGUUUGGCUGCUGCGCCGGUCGUUGCUGCCCCCGUCGCGAAGUACACCGCUGCCUAUACAGCUCCUCUUGCGUAUAGUGCUCCAGUUGCUGCUGCCUACCCGGCCCCACUAAGAGCAGCGUACCCUGCUCCCAUCGCCAGAUACGUCGCUCUCUAAGCAGCUCUGACACGCAAACAAGGACUGAUUUCUUAAUAAAUGACCAAUAAAUUUUUUUACUCG